UCGGCCUGAUAAAUGCGCAUGCGCACUACGGCUGACCCCUCCGGUUUCUGCGUGCAAUGCCACGUUAGUAGCGGUAGACACAAAAUACCAGCUACUCUCCCAACCUCAAACAAGAAAAAAGACAAAACUAAAAAAAAAAUACCAGCUUAACUGUAACCGACCGUGUCUGCAGCGCUCGUCUCUCUGUCAGGAAGAACACUCGACGGCAACUAUGUUGAAGUUUUUGCUCAUCUGCACACUGGCUGUAGCCAGCCGGGCUGAGAUCGCUGAGGAAGAAGAUGUCCUGGUGCUUAGGAAAAGUAACUUCGACGAGGCUCUCACGGCUCACCCCAACCUCCUGGUUGAAUUCUAUGCCCCAUGGUGCGGGCACUGCAAGGCCCUUGCUCCAGAGUAUGCCAAGGCCGCUGGCAUGCUGAAGGCCGAGGGUUCAGAGGUCCGCCUGGGUAAGGUGGAUGCCACAGAGGAAACAGAACUGGCCCAAGAGUUUGGCGUCCGGGGAUAUCCCACCAUCAAGUUCUUCAAGGGCGGAGAGAAGGAGUCACCUAAAGAGUACUCUGCUGGCAGGCAGGCAGAUGACAUUGUCAGCUGGCUGAAGAAGCGUACAGGCCCGGCCGUCGCCACCCUGGCUGGAGUCACCGAGGCAGAGUCUCUGAUCGCUGACAAUGAGGUUGCAGUCAUUGGAUUCUUUAAGGAUGCCGACUCCGCCGAUGCCAAGGCCUUUGAAAAAGCAGCUGAAGCCACAGACGACAUUCCUUACGCAAUUACCGCCGAUGAUGCCAUUUACUCCAAGUUUGAGGUGUCCAAGGACAGUGUUGUCCUCUUCAAGAAGUUUGAUGAAGGACGCAAUACCUUUGAUGGGGAGCUGACCAAAGAAAACCUCCUGGCUUUUGUCAAGGCCAACCAGCUGCCCCUGGUCAUCGAGUUCACUGAGCAGACCGCCCCUAAAAUCUUUGGUGGAGAAAUCAAGUCUCACAUCCUCAUGUUCCUGCCCAAAGCUGCUUCAGACUUCCAGGACAAAAUGGACCAGUUUAAGAAAGCCGCAGAGGGAUUCAAGGGUCGGAUCCUGUUCAUUUUCAUCGAUAGCGAUGUGGACGACAACCAGCGCAUCCUGGAGUUCUUCGGCCUGAAGAAAGAGGAGUGCCCCGCUAUCCGCCUCAUCACCCUGGAAGACGAGAUGACCAAGUACAAGCCUGAAAGCGACGCCAUCACAGCAGAGGGCAUCACUGAAUUCUGCACACAGUUUACAGAAGGCAAACUGAAGCCUCAUCUCAUGAGUCAGGACAUCCCUGAGGACUGGGACAAAACCCCUGUCAAGGUUCUGGUUGGCAAGAACUUCGAGGAGGUCGCCUUCGAUCCCUCUAAGAACGUCUUUGUGGAAUUCUAUGCACCGUGGUGUGGACACUGCAAACAGCUGACUCCUAUCUGGGAGAAGCUGGGAGAGAAGUACAAGAACAGUGCUGACAUCGUUGUGGCUAAGAUGGACUCCACAGCUAAUGAGAUUGAAGCAGUCAAAGUCCACAGCUUCCCCACUCUUAAAUUCUUCCCUGCUGGAGAUGAGCGCAAGGUGAUUGAUUACAAUGGCGAGAGAACAUUGGAAGGAUUCACCAAGUUCCUAGAGAGCGGUGGCAAAGAGGGUGGUGCCCCUGCAGGAGAUGACGAGGACGAUCUGGAUGCAGAGGAUCUGGAUGAUGUGGAAGAAGGCCAGGAUGAGGACUCGGAUGGCGAGGACGACGAUGGACAUGACGAGUUGUAAGAGCUGGCAGAGCAGAGAACGAGAGAGAGAGAGAGAGGAGACGAGUCCCGCCCCAACCCUUCCAACCAGUCACCAUAACCACCUUCACUUCCCCUGUGGACCUUCCCUGUCCUGUGAACAUUUAUACUUCCCCUUUAACUGCCUCUCGGUCAGUCAGCCGGCCUGAUAGUCAGCCCGCCAGAUAAUUAGUCAGUCAGUCCAUCAGUGGCGUGGCAGGGCCUUUUUUUUCCUGCCACAUCUCCAACCUUGCAAUUUCUGGCCAGACUGGUCUCGUCCCACCUGGGGGGACUCUGUGGAACAGCACACCACCUCUAUGGGAGACCUCAAUGCCUUCUCAGCAAAGCUCCACAUCAGCUGUUUGCCUUGUAUAUUGUAAACCAAAUGUAAAAAAAUGGCAUUGAGAUCCAGUUUUCAAAAUGUUUUUGUUUUCUCAGAUGAAUUUGUUCCCCUCCUCUUAAAAAAACAAAAAGCCUUGCCAUUGUUCAGUGUGAGUAUGAGCUAAUGUUUGUUGUACCCUGUAUUCAUAGGUAAAGAGGAGGGGUGCCAAUGUUGGUCUCCCUCUGCAAGAAAAGGGAGAACAGGAGUUUUGUGUGGUGGUUUUGUAGGGACUGAUCUCAGGGGACAAGGGGCCAUCCUAUAGAUGUUUAUUUUGCGAUGUCUUCACUAAAAUUACACCCACAGAGCUUGUCUAGUGUAGCAGUAAAGGCCCCCACAUCUGUAGCUGAGACCAAUUAUUUUCUUCAGUGUGUGGGGGGGAAGGUCUACUUUGUUCUCAUUUCUUCAUUCCCAUAUCAUAUUUCGGUUCAGUCUCCUCAUUACAGCACGGCUACUGACGCUAAAAGGAACAAAGGUUAAUUUGUUUUGUUUUUUUGGGGGGGGGAUCCUAUUUUAUUUAAUUGCUUUCACUAUGAGGUUUUUUGUUUGUUUUUUUUAACUCGGGAUGUGUCAUUUUUAAUGAUGUACCAUUGUGCCCAGCUGUAGCCAGUUGGCCCUGUUGGGGCAGAGUUGGCCCCUUGGACAUACUCUCAGACCUGGGAUGAUUUCAUUUCUAUUUUUGGAGCCAGUUCUGAUAGGUCGCACUGCAUUCAUGCCUAAUCAGAGAUUCAUUGUGGUUACUACAGCAGACACAAUUUGGUACAGUCUACUGGUCAGGUUGGUCUGAGAAGUGUCUAUUAUAUCUUAAGCGGGGAGGGAGCCGUUGCAUAGCCCCACCCCU